UUUUGCAUCAGUCUUGAGAAUUUGAUGUUAAAUGUGCUUAAUUCUCAUAAAUAUAAAAAGUAAUACCACACAGCCAUGCAGGCUUCAUUUUCUUCAUCUAAGACCUAGAUUGGUAUGUCUCUCCUCUGGUUUUGUGGUGAAACUGGAGCUGGUGGUUUGUUCGUGCGAUGCACCCAUGCAGAGAUAAAUGAAAGGAGAAAGAGAGAGCGCAGGGAGGAGAUGAAGGCAGACAGCUGUGUUUUUGUGUUGCUAUUUAGAGCGUCUGGCCGCUGCUCUACUCCCCUGGUCUGGCCCGGCCUAUUUCUGUCCUGGGCUGGUCCUGCUGCUAUUCUUGGCACCUCACAGAGAGAGAGAGAGAGAGAGAGACAGCGCGGUUAGGAAGAGUAACAAAGAGAGAAAGCGUGAAACAAAGCUGCUUCAGUUUCCUGUGCAGAGGUCGAGAGGCAGGAACUCAUCUACCUGCUAGAGACACAGACAGAGAAACCUCAAGGACUGUGUACAGGAGCGGACCGGACCAGAGCGGAGGACGCUCGAGCAAUGCUGCAGACCAUUUAUGAAUCUGACUCCAGCAUCAGUGCUGAGUGGAGCAGGAGACGCCUGGACUCUCACAGCACGGCCAUGGCUUCAGAUUCAGAGGCGUUGUCGGCGGUGGGCAGUGUGUCGGAGGUCGGUAUGUUGGACUGGGAGCGUGAUUCAGACGACUGGGAGAAGCAGUUACAGCGCGAGCUGCUUCUGAUCCAGAGACAGCAGCAGAUCCAGAAACAGCUGCUCAUCUCUGAGUUCCAGAAGCAGCACCAGAGUCUGCUGAGACAGCAUCAGGCCCAGCUCGAGGAGCACGUCAAGCUCCAGCAGGCUCUGUUAACUCUGCGGCAGAAGCAGGAGCUGUUUGCUGAGGAGGACAGAGAGGAGCUGAAGGAGGACGACAAGGAGCUUCACAGGAGGGACACACAGAAACACCAGCUUCACAGACAGAAGGAGCGAGCUAAAGACAGUGCGAUGGCGAGCACUGAAGUUCGUCAGAAGCUGCAUGAUUUUCUGAUGAGUAAAUCAGCUAAAGACCCGUCAGCGUCCGCCGCCGGUUACCCUCUCAACCGCUUCAAACUGUGGUACAGCUCCGCCCACGGGGGUCCUGCAGAGCAGAGCUCACCUCCUCUAGGAGAGACUCUGCCCACCUUCAAAUACCCUCUGACCUCCGGCCUGGACUACAGAGAGGACUUCCCUCUCAGGAAGACCGCGUCGGAGCCCAAUCUGAAGGUGCGCUCCAGACUCAAGCAGAAGGUUUCUGAGAGACGAAGUGGACCGAUACGCCGCAGAGACGGCAGCGUCCUCGUUACACCGCUGAAAAAACGAUCUCAUGAACUAACAGAUUCAUCAGCCAAUGAGAGCCCUGCAGGUUCUGGAUCGAGCUCACCCAUUGGCUUGUGCAACUAUGAGAACGGAGCGUCAUACACCACUCAAAUCGAGCGCUGUGUGUCUCAGGCGGACGGGCACAUGUCCCUGUUGAAUCUCUACACAUCCCCCUCUCUGCCAAACCUGGCGCUGGCUCUACACCCUGCUCACACACACAUCUGUACGGGAACGGCGCUGAAGGAUCGGAGCGCAGAAGGUCUCGCGGCCGCCGUGUCCCCCGUCUCAAUGGAGGCUAAAGUGAGCCACGGACAGCAGGCGCUCCUGCAACACCUCCUGCUGAAGGAGCAGAGACAGCAGAGGAUGAAGUCUCCUGUCACAGGUAGUGUUCCUGUGCUCUCCUCGUCUCCUCUGGUGAUGAAGGAGCGUGUGUCUGUGAGUUCUCGCAGCAGGUUACCGCGGCACCGACCCCUGAACCGGACGCAGUCAGCACCACUGCCACAGAGCACACUGGCUCAGCUCGUGCUGCAGCAACAACACCACAACUUCAUCGAGAAACAGAAACAGCUUCACCAACACAUCCACAUCAGCCAGGUUCUGUCUCAGUCCAUCGAGCAGCUGAGGAACCCCAGCACCCAUCUAGAGGAGGAGGAGGAGGAGGAGGAGGAGGAAGAAGAGAUCACGUCGCCCCCUGCUGGAGUCAUACGCAGCUGCAGCUCCAGAAACUCUCCGAGCGAACCCGUGGCCGCCCUCGCAGGAGUCAUCUGCCUCAAAACUGAGCCUGAGGACGGAGAGAGAGAGCAAGAGAGCUGGGACACACAGAGACACACAGGUGAAGAACAGGAGGAGAGUUCAGCGAAGAUGAAGACAAGAGAUGCUGAACACUGUCUGGAAGACAUGACGGAAAGUGAUGUUUGAAAAAGAGAAAGAAAUGAAGAAAGCAAGGGCUGAAUCUCACAAAACAUGUCAAAAAAAAAUGUUCAGGUCAUAUUUUAUUGACUUAAAUAAAGUUAUUUGUUUUUAAUAAAAUUGUAUAAAAUAUUACAAAGUAUUUUUUAAAAUAUAGCUUUACAGUUUUUAUGCAUUGUGACUUUUUUAUAUUCUUAAUUAAAAUGCGUUUUUUAACUUGAAAGCAAAAUGCUCAGAUUCAUUACGAAGACAUUGGACGUUCUGUAAUACUGCAACUUUUUUUAAAGCAUACAUUAAUCAUGGUGCAAAAACGGCACACAUAAUAUAAUAUACAUUUUGCAUUACAAAUGUAAAAAGAUUUAAUCAAAGUGUUGUGUAAUUUACUGUAAUACAGUAAAAAAAAUUGUUUAAGCAUUAAUCAAAGUCUAAUAUUUAGAACAAAUACUUGCAUUGUACAAUAAAUACUACAAAUAACAUAACAUAAAUUUUAUAUUACAUAAUAAAAAAGAAAUCAUACUGUAAUUUAAUGUAAUUUAGUAAAAUGACUACAUUUUAUGUUUAUCUAAGCAUUAAAGACAGAUAUACAGAACAAAUACUCAAAUCAUGCAAAAAUACCGUAAAGAACAUAACAUUAAUUUUGGGUUUCAUAUAAUUUUUAUAAAAACCUAAAAAGAAAAAUGUUCAGAUCCAUUACGAUGCUUAAACAUUUGGUUAAUUAUUACUGUAAUACAGUAAAAAUAAUAAUAAUUUUCUUUCAUAAAUUCAAUUCAGAUAUGUAGAACAAAUAUUGCCAUUGUCCAAAAACACUACAAAUAAUACAACCUUAAGAUUUUUUCGCGGGGAAGGCAUGUGUGAUUAUCAUCAUAGUGCAAAAGCAAUCUUAUCUAAGAAGUUCCCUAUACUUUAAGCAGAACAAAGUUAAAUGUGAGUGAAAUGUGACCUGGACAUUUAUCUGAGGUUCAGCCGAAGAGAGCGAUAUAGCGAGUGGUAAGAAAGGAUGAAAGUGAAGUGAAAUACUGAAAGGAAAGAGAAAGUGGGCAGGAAUGAGAGUGAACAUGUGCUUGUCUGUCUUGUGUCCGUCCUCAGCCCUGUUAGUGUGACACUGUCCGUGACCUCUGACCUCUGUCUCUGCUGUGAUCUCCACUCUCGGUUGUUGUUGUUGUUGUGUGUGAAGCUAAAUAAAGAAAAGCGAUGACCACAGAGCUUCAUUUUACCCCCCACAUUAAACCAACAGUAGCGCAGCAGCUGCUUUUCAUGUGACCAGAGGAAAUGAUGCUAGCGAGCUUUUCUGCUGCUGUUUAAACUUCUGUCCGAAAUUAUGCUAAAUACCGUGCUCACUGUUAAACUAUGUUUUUUUUUUUUCUGGUGGUCAAUGUCCAAUGUCAAUGUUGACUCACAAUACAGUUUAGUGACGUACCUACAAUUACGGAAAACACUUGUUGUUGCAAUGAAAACAAUUAGAUCGCUCAUUUCUCUUCACGAUCACAGACAACAGCUCACAUUAACAUGGAAGAGAUGGGAUUUAUCACUAAAAGACAAUGAUUGCUUUGCCCUGCUGUCAUCCAGAGGCCGGAUUCACCAAAAACUUUUUUAAGAAAGAAGUCAAGAAGUUCCUUAAGAGAACUCUAGAAGUUUGUAAGAAUGCAAUUCUUACAACUAACUUUAUAAAGUUAUUUAUGAUUAUAAAGUUAUAAAGUUAUUUAUGAUGAUUUUUAAGAACAUUCUUUCCAGGAAUUCAAACUUAAUACAUUUUUCUUUAGCAAAAAAAAAAAAAAAAAAAAAAGGUAAAAGAUGAGAAGAAGAAGAAAUGCUUUUGGGAAUUUUUAAAAUAAUCAUAACUUCAUUCUUAAGUUAACCAGUCACAGAGAUUAUUUUCUUUUCUUAAGACUGUUAAUGAAUCCGGCCUUGGGUUUUCAGUGUUUGUUUACAUGAUGGGGUCUGUGUUUGUGACGUGUGCAGUCCAGACAGUCAGUGAUUCACAUGAAUCAGUGAUUCAGUCAGUAAUGGAUUCACAUGAUUCAGUGAUUCACUCAGAGUUAGAGUACAUUCACAUGUUUCAGUAAUUCAGUCAAUGUUAGAUUCACAUGAUUCAGUGAAUCAGUGUUUCAGUCAUUGUUACAGUACAUUCACAUGAUUCAGUGAUUCAGUCAAAGUCAGAUUCAUGAUUCAGUGAUUCAGUGUUUCUGUCAUUGUUACAGUACAUUCACAUGAUUCAGUGAUUCAGUCAAAGUCAGAUUCACGAUUCAGUGAUUCAGUGUAUCAGUCAUUGUUACAGUACAUUCACAUGAUUCAUUGAUUCAGUCAAAGUCAGUUUCACAAUUCAGUGAUACACAUGAUUCAGUGUUUCAGUCAGUGUUACAGUACAUUCACGUGAUUCAGUGAUUCAGUCAAAGUCAGAUUCACGAUUCAGUGAUACACAUGAUUCAGUGUUUCAGUCAGUGUUACAUUCACAUGAUUCAGUGAAUCAGUCAAAGUCAGAUUCAUGAUUCAGUGAUACACAUGAUUCAGUGUUUCAGUCAGUGUUACAGUACAUUCACGUGAUUCAGUGAAUCAGUCAAAGUCAGAUUCACGAGUCAGUGAUUCACAUGAUUCAGUGACUCACUCAGUGUUAGAGUACAUUCACAUGAUUCAGUGAUUCAGCCAAAGUCAGAUUCACGACUCAGUGAUUCAGAUCAGUCAGUGUUGGUGUUUAGGUGUUUAAUGUCUCAUUAGUUCGUGAACAGAAUCAGUAUAUUUGCUGUGAAUCACCAAUGGUGUCAAUGCUAAAACUUUUUCUCCAUGUGUUGUUUGUAGAAAAAACACUUAUGUUUUCAUCUUUGUAACAUCUAAAGUUCAAGAUUUCAUCAGUUCACAACGAAGCCAGCACAGAGAUGUAUAAAGUUUUGUGAAUAUGCGUUAUGAUUUUGUGAUCAUACACUGUGUUAAAGGCCUGUGAGAUGUACAGAUGAAUGAAUUGUUUUCAUUACUGAAACAGAUGACUGAUUCAUUCUUAAUCAUGCGGUCAUAAAAGUUCAAUAAGAGCCUGUUUUUACUUCACUGCUCUGUAAAUAACGUUUAUUAUCCACUGUUACGCUAGAUUGAAACAAUAACUGCAUGAGAAACCUUGGGUCAAAGGUCAUGUUUACGUUGACAUAGUUUUCAAAUAAAAGUUGUUUGUAAACUUC